UGUUAAGCACGUGGUUCUGUGCUUUUGUCUGAACCCGUGUGGUAAACUACUUGUGAGUGAAUAGUGCUCAGUGACACUGGGCAGGAUUAGCACAGGAAUAGUGUGGUGCUGCUGAAAGGCCAGUGCUUCAGUUAUGUCAUUGUGCUGUUCAGGCUCUCAUUUCUACCAGCAGCUUCUCUAAACACACAGCUGGGGCUCAGCUAAUUGCUCACUUUGUUUUUGAUGACUCCUGUUUACAGGUCCUCACCUGAUAAGAACAUGGAGAAUAACCAAACAUUUCUGUACUUUGCAUAUGGUAGUAACCUUCUAAAGGAGCGUCUCCAGCUCAAGAAUCCCUCUGCAACAGUGUACUGCGUGGCAAGGCUCAAGGAUUAUAAAUUGGUGUUUGGCAACUCCAAAGGUCUAGCCAGUGACCGCUGGCAUGGUGGUGUGGCCACCAUAGAAGACAGCCCAGGGGACGAGGUGUGGGGUGUGGUGUGGCGGAUGAGCAUAUCUGAUCUAGAGUCACUAGACAAUCAAGAGAAUGUGAUGUUAGGUGCUUACCGACCUGUGGAAUUAUCAGUGAAGACAAAAGGUCAAGAUAUCAGCUGUCGGACCUACAUAAUGAACAGCUGUGUGUAUGCCAGACCAUCACCACAAUAUCUACAGGUGAUUGUAAUGGGAGCAGAGCAAAAUGGCUUGCCAAAGGAGUACCAGGAGAAACUUAGAGCCAUUAAGACCAACAUGUAUGACGGUCUCCUACCAAUGAUGACUGAGCUGGAACAAGCCAGAACAAGAGUUAAAGAAAGAGCCAACCAAUGAUCUGAUGUCUGGUAAUACAAAAAAAAAAAAAAGCUUGUCGUUAAUUAAAAUGAAAAAGUUAGAAUCUUUACUGAAUAUUAUAGUCUGACAUAAUUUGAAAGAAAUGAAAGACAGGAAACAAGAA